CCAACUUUGCAUUUAAUGAGACCACCGCACUAUAAAUAUUCAUGUCCACAUGAGUGGGAAGGUAGCGUUGAGGAAAAUAAAAAAGAGAAAGAAAAUAAUCAAUACGACAACUUUGCAAUUUUGGUGGUAGACCAAGGUAGGUCAAUUGCCAUGGACAUUGGUGGUGAAGUGGAAGAGACCGUGAGAGAGUUGAGGCAAUACUUCAAAACUGGAAAAACCAAGAGUGUGACAUGGAGGAAAAACCAGCUCACAGCUCUCUUAGACCUUGUUCAUGAGAAUGAAGAUGCUAUAUUUAAGGCCCUCCAUCAAGAUCUUGGGAAGCACCCUGUUGAGGCUUACCGUGAUGAGGUUGGAGGGGUAGAAAAAUCCGCCAGCAAUGCUUUGAGCUGCGUUGAGAAAUGGAUGGCCCCUAAAAAGAGUGAUAUCCCUUUUCUUUUCUUCCCAGCUAAAGGAGAAGUGUUGUCAGAACCACUUGGUGUGGUUCUCAUAUUUUCUUCUUGGAACUUCCCAAUCAUACUGACAUUGGAUCCAAUAAUUGGGGCAAUAUCUGCUGGAAAUGUUGUAGUCAUAAAACCUUCAGAGCAAUCUCCAGCAAGCUCUUCUUUUCUUGCCACUACCAUUCCUCGCUACUUGGACUCUAAUGCCAUCAAGGUGAUUGAGGGAGGACCAGAUGUCUGUGAACAACUACUGCUACAAAAAUGGGACAAAAUAUUCUUCACUGGAAGUCCACGUGUGGCAAGCGUAGUCAUGUCUGCUGCUGCAAAGAAUUUAACUCCCGUUACUCUAGAGUUGGGUGGAAAAUGCCCUGCCAUUCUUGAUUCCCUUCCAAAUCCUUUAGAGUUUAAGUUGGCAGUAAAAAGAAUUGUAGGAGGAAAGUGGGGACCUUGCAGUGGUCAAGCUUGCAUAGCAAUAGACUAUUUGCUUGUUGAGAAGAAGUUCUCAUAUGCUCUGAUAGAAUUACUAAAGAAGAUCAUUAGAAGAUUUUAUGGUGAAAAUCCAGUGGAGUCAAAGGUAAUUUCAAGAAUAUUAAACAAGCAGCACUUUGAAAGAUUAUGCAAUCUUCUCAAAGACCCUCUUGUUGCGGCUUCCAUCGUUCAUGGUGGUUCAGUCGACGAAGAAAACUUGUUCAUUGAGCCAACAAUUUUGUUAGAUCCUCCGUUAGAUUCUCAGAUAAUGUCAGAAGAGAUAUUUGGCCCACUGCUUCCUAUAAUCACUAUGGAUAAAAUUCAGGAAAGUAUUGAAUUUAUCAAUGCAAAGCCAAAACCUCUUGCCAUCUAUGCCUUCACCAAAGAUGAAACUUUCAAGAGAAAUAUUCUAUCAGAAACAUCCUCAGGAAGUGUCGUAUUUAACGACACAAUGGUUCAAUUUUUAUGUGAUACACUACCAUUUGGAGGUGUUGGCCAGAGUGGUUUUGGAAGGUACCAUGGGAAGUACUCUUUUGACACUUUCAGCCAUGAAAAAGCUGUAAUGCAUAGAAAGCUGUUCCUUGAAAUUGAGCCAAGGUACCCUCCUUGGAGUAAGUUCAAGCUCGAGUUUAUCAGAUUGGCAUACAGGCUGAACUACUUUGGACUAUUACUGCACAUGCUGGGCUUGAAAAGAUACAAGUAGAUAAAUACCUCAGCACAGUGUUCAUCUAUUCCUCAAAUACACGUUGAUUAAAAAAGAAUUAAGCUUUAUUGUGACUGAAUAUGAGUUGUAGGAAAAUAGGAGAAAGGGUCCUUAUUUGCAGAAGUUGCACAUGUGGUGAACUUUAACUUGGCGUUGUAAUAAACGAACCUUUGUAUCUCUUAUUUUUCUUGCUAGUAAUAGGAUGUUUUUACUUCUAAUGUCCAACAGACCAGACAAUGUCAAACAUUUUUAACUUCACUUUCACCUGCAUUUGUCCA